CCGCGUGGGCUCCGGCCCGGGGAGCGGGCAGGGACAGAUGGACACACGGAGUGACCGGUGACACCGGAGUGACCCGGGAGCCCGGCGUGACCGGCGGGGUCUGACGCGGAGGGGGCGCGGGGCUGGUAGCCAUGGGCCCGUGAAUGCUGCCGGCUGCGCUGCUCCUGCUCGCUGUGCUGCUGCUCGUUUGGGCCAAAAUGUCCAGCUCGCGGUGCGAGCAGAAGGAGCCGGAGGAGAGCCCCGCGGGGCCGCCCCCCGCAGCCAGGCCCCCGGCGCGGCCGAGCCCCCCGGGCCGGCAGAGCCCCCCGGGCCGGCAGCCGCCGCCGCGGGCCGGGCGGGCGGGCGCGGAGCCGGAGCAGCUCGCCGUGUACAACCCCGCGGCGCUGCGCCGCCCGGCCCUCGCCAAGUUCGUGCUGGGCUCCUUCGACGACAACUCCUCCGACGAUGAGCUGAUGGCCACAGCCUUCAGGGUGGGCCGGCGGCGCAGCAGCCUGGCCGGGGUGGGGGGUACCGUCCCCGAGCCCCCCACGGUGAGCGCCCUUCUGGAGACCGGCGCCGGCAUCAGGCCCAGCAUGUCGGGGCUGAACCUGGCAAAGAGGAGCCACAAGAAGAUGGACCUGCAGCGGGAUUUUUCCGUUGCCUCCCCAGCUGAGUUCGUGACCCGCUUUGGGGGCAACCGUGUCAUCGAGAAGGUCCUCAUCGCCAACAAUGGCAUCGCUGCUGUGAAGUGCAUGCGCUCCAUCCGCCGCUGGGCCUACGAGAUGUUCCGCAACGAGCGCGCCAUUCGCUUCGUGGUCAUGGUCACCCCCGAGGACCUCAAGGCUAACGCAGAGUACAUCAAGAUGGCAGAUCACUACGUGCCAGUCCCUGGAGGAACCAACAACAACAACUACGCCAACGUGGAGCUGAUCGUGGACAUUUCCAAACGGAUCCCAGUCCAGGCGGUGUGGGCUGGCUGGGGACACGCCUCAGAGAACCACAAGCUGCCAGAGCUGCUGCAGAAAAACGGGAUAGCUUUCCUAGGUCCCCCCAGUGAUGCCAUGUGGGCGCUGGGGGACAAAGUUGCCUCCACCAUUGUGGCUCAGACCCUGGAGAUCCCCACACUGCCAUGGAGUGGGAGUGGUCUGGUGGCUCAGUGGUCUGAGGAGGACCAGAAUCAUCAGCAGGCCAUCAGCAUCCCCCUGGAGACGUACGCACAGGGCUGCGUGAAGGACGUGGAGGAAGGCCUGGAGGUGGCCAUGAGGAUCGGCUACCCCCUGAUGAUCAAGGCAGCAGAAGGUGGCGGGGGCAAAGGCAUCCGAAAAGUGGAGGCAGCAGAGGAAUUUAGUGCCUGUUUCCGGCAGGUGCAGGCGGAGGCGCCGGGAUCCCCCAUUUUCCUGAUGCAGCUGGCGCAGCACGCGCGGCACCUGGAGGUGCAGGUCCUGGCAGAUGAGUACGGCAACGCCAUCUCCCUCUUCAGCCGGGACUGCUCCAUCCAGCGCCGCCACCAGAAGAUCAUUGAGGAGGCACCCGCCACCAUCGCUGCCCCCGCUGUCACCGAGAUGAUGGAGAAGUGCGCUGUCCGCCUGGCCCAGAUGGUUGGGUACGUCAGUGCAGGCACCGUGGAGUAUCUGUACGGGGAGGACGGGAGCUUCCACUUCCUGGAGCUGAACCCCCGGCUGCAGGUGGAGCACCCGUGCACGGAGAUGGUGGCGGACGUGAACCUCCCGGCUGCCCAGCUGCAGAUUGCAAUGGGCAUCCCCUUGCACAGGAUAAAAGACAUCCGGGUGCUGUAUGGGGAGAGCCCCUGGGGGGACACCCCCAUCUGCUUCCACAGCCCCUCCAACCCCCCCGUGCCCAGAGGCCACGUCAUUGCUGCCCGGAUCACCAGCGAGAACCCCGAGGAGGGUUUCAAGCCCAGCUCGGGGACGGUGCAGGAGCUGAACUUCCGCAGCAGCAAGAAUGUCUGGGGGUACUUCAGCGUGGCAGCAGCCGGGGGGCUGCACGAAUUUGCUGAUUCCCAGUUUGGACACUGCUUCUCAUGGGGAGAGAACAGGGAGGAGGCCACCUCGAACAUGGUGGUGGCCCUGAAGGAGCUGUCUAUCCGUGGGGAUUUCCGGACCACGGUGGAGUACCUGAUCAAGCUGCUGGAGACAGAGAGCUUCCAGAACAACGAGAUACACACGGGCUGGCUGGACCACCUGAUCGCCGAGAAAGUGCAGGCAGAGAAGCCAGACACGAUGCUGGGGGUUGUCUGUGGUGCCCUGAACGUGGCAGAUGCUGCUUUCAGAACGUCCAUGACUGACUUCCUGCACACGCUGGAGAGGGGCCAGGUGCUGCCAGCAGCCUCUCUGCUGAACAUCGUCGAUGUGGAGCUCCUCUAUGAGGGUGUGAAGUACGUUCUGCAGGUGGCCCGCCAGUCGCUGACCACCUACGUGGUCAUCAUGAACCGCACGCACAUCGAGAUCGACGUGCACCGGCUCAACGACGGGGGGCUGCUGCUCUCCUACGACGGCUGCAGCUACACCACCUACAUGAAAGAGGAGAUCGACAGGUACCGGAUCACCAUCGGCAACAAAACGUGCACCUUCGAGAAGGAGAAGGACCCGACGGUGCUGCGCUCGCCCUGCGCGGGGAAGCUGCUGCAGUACAUGGUGGAGGACGGCGGCCACGUGGACGAGGGGAAGGUUUAUGCGGAGAUCGAGGUGAUGAAGAUCAUCAUGACGCUGGCGGUGGAGGAGGCGGGGCAGCUGCACUACGUCAAGCGGCCGGGAGCGCUGCUGGAGGCCGGCUGUGUCAUCGCCCGGCUCCAGCUCGAUGAUCCCUCCAAAGUGAAGCCUGCACAGCUAUUCACAGGGGGGCUCCCAGUCCAGCAGACCCUCCCCAUCACUGGUGAGAAGCAGCACCAGGUUCUCCGCAACGUGCUGGACAACCUGACCAACAUCAUGAAUGGCUACUGCCUGCCCGAGCCCUACUUCAAGACCAAGGUGAAGGAAUGGGUGGCACAGCUGAUGAAGACCCUGCGGGACCCUGCCCUGCCCCUGCUGGAGCUGCAGGAGAUCAUGACGAGCAUUUCGGGACGAAUCCCGCUGGCCGUGGAGAAGUCCAUCCGGAAGGUGAUGGCGCAGUACGCCAGCAACAUCACCUCCGUGCUCUGCCGCUUCCCCAGCCAGCAGAUCGCCAACGUGCUGGACACCCACGCAGCCACGCUGCAGAGGAAGGCUGAGCGGGAAGUCUUCUUCAUGAACACACAGAGCCUGGUGCAGCUGGUGCAGAGGUACCGCAGCGGCAUCCGGGGCUACAUGAAGGCAGUGGUGCUGGACCUGCUCAGGCGCUAUCUGCAAGUGGAGACACAGUUCCAGCAUGCUCACUACGACAAGUGUGUCAUCAGCCUGCGAGAGCAAUGCAAACCCAACAUGACCCCCGUGCUGGAGAGCAUCUUCUCCCAUGCCCAGGUGGCCAAGAAGAACCAGCUGGUGAUCAUGUUAAUUGACCAGCUGUGUGGCCGUGACCCCACGCUGACAGAUGAGCUGACGACCAUCCUCCACGAGCUGACACAGCUCAGCAAGACCGAGCACUCCAAAGUGGCGCUGAGAGCCCGGCAGGUGCUCAUUGCCUCUCACAUGCCCUCCUAUGAGCUGCGGCACAACCAGGUUGAGUCCAUCUUCAUCUCCGCUAUCGACAUGUACGGACAUGAGUACUGCCCUGAGAACCUGAAGAAACUGAUCCUGUCAGAAACCUCCAUCUUUGAUGUGCUUCCCGUGUUCUUCUACCACACCAACAAGGUGGUGCGCAUGGCAGCACUGGAGGUGUAUGUGCGGCGGGGGUACAUCGCCUAUGAGCUGCACAGCCUGCAGCACCAGCAGCUCUCUGAUGGCACCUGCCUCGUGGAGUUCAAGUUCAUGCUGCCCUCUUCCCACCCCAACAGGAUAUCCGUCCCUAUCAGCAUCUCCAACCCUGACCUGGCCCGGCACAGCACCGAGCUCUUCAUGGACAGUGGCUUUUCCCCCACGAGCCAGAGGAUGGGAGUCAUGGUGGCCUUCCGCAGAUUUGAGGACUUCACAAGGAACUUUGAUGAAGUGAUCUCGUGCUUUGCUAACUCCCCGUCGGACAGCGGGCUCCUCAGUGAUGCACAGGCCACCACCUACGAUGAGGAGGACACCAAGAACAUCCGUGAGGAGCCAAUCCACAUCCUCAACAUCGCGCUCUGCUCGGCUGACCACAUGGAAGACGAGAAGCUGGUGCCCAUCUUCAGAGCCUUUGCCCAGUCCAAGAAAAAUAUCCUCGUUGAACGGGGUCUCCGGAGAAUCACAUUCCUCAUUGCCCAGCAGAGAGAAUUCCCAAAGUUUUUCACGUUCAGGGCCAGAGAUGAGUUCGCAGAGGAUCGGAUCUACCGGCACCUGGAGCCGGCGCUCGCCUUCCAGCUGGAGCUGAGCCGCAUGCGCAACUUCGACCUGACGGCCAUCCCCUGUGCCAACCACAAGAUGCACCUGUACCUGGGGGCUGCCAGGGUGCAGGCGGGCGCCGAGGCCACCGACUACCGCUUCUUCAUCCGCGCCAUCGUGCGCCACUCCGACCUCAUCACCAAGGAGGCUUCCUUCGAGUACCUGCAGAACGAGGGCGAGCGGCUGCUCCUGGAGGCCAUGGAUGAGCUGGAGGUGGCCUUCAACAACACCAUCGUGCGCACUGACUGCAACCACAUCUUCCUCAACUUCGUGCCCACUGUCAUCAUGGACCCGUCCAAGAUCGAGGAGUCAGUGCGCUCCAUGGUGAUGCGCUACGGCAGCCGCCUCUGGAAGCUGCGGGUGCUGCAGGCUGAGGUGAAGAUCAACAUCCGCCUGACACCCACUGCCACCGCCAUCCCCAUCCGCCUCUUCCUCACCAACGAGUCCGGAUAUUACCUGGACAUCAGCCUCUACAAGGAAGUGAGGGAUCCCAGCACCGGCAGCAUCAUGUUCCAGUCAUAUGGGGACAAGCACGGGCCGCAGCACGGGAUGCUCAUCAACACCCCCUAUGUCACCAAGGACCUGCUUCAGGCCAAGCGGUUCCAGGCACAGUCCUUGGGCACCACCUACGUGUACGACUUCCCAGAGAUGUUCAGGCAGGCUCUCUUCAAGCUGUGGGGCUCCUCGGACCUGUAUCCCAAAGACAUCUUGACCUACACUGAGCUGGUCCUGGACUCUCAGGGGCACCUCGUGCAGAUGAACAGGGUCCCUGGAGGGAACGAGGUGGGGAUGGUUGCUUUCAAAAUGAAGCUGAAGACCCCUGAGUACCCCAAAGGCCGGGACAUUGUGCUCAUCUGCAACGACAUCACACACAAGAUUGGCUCCUUUGGGCCUGAGGAGGACCUGGUGUUCCUGAGGGCCUCGGAGCUGGCGCGAGCCGAGGGCAUCCCCCGCAUCUACAUCGCCGCCAACAGCGGCGCCCGCAUCGGCUUCGCUGACGAGAUCAAGCACAUGUUCCAGGUGGCCUGGGUGGACCCAGCUGAGCCCUACAAGGGGUUCAGGUACCUGUACCUCACUCCCCAGGACUACACGAGGAUCAGCACCAUGAACUCGGUGCGCUGUGAGCACGUGGAGGAAGGUGGAGAGUCCAGGUAUGUCCUGCUGGACAUCAUUGGGAAGGACAAUGGAUUUGGGGUGGAAAACCUGAGAGCUGCUGGUACCAUCGCUGGGGAGUCCUCCCGUGCCUAUGAUGAAAUAGUGACCAUCAGCAUGGUGACCUGUCGUGCCAUCGGGAUCGGUGCCUACCUGGUGAGGCUGGGCCAGCGAGUCAUCCAGGUGGAGAACUCCCACAUCAUCCUCACGGGUGUCACGGCUCUCAACAAGGUGCUGGGACGGGAGGUUUACACAUCCAACAACCAGCUGGGAGGAGUGCAGAUCAUGCACAACAACGGCGUUUCCCAUGUCACUGUCCCAGAUGACUUUGAGGGGGUCUACACCAUCCUGCAGUGGCUCUCAUACAUACCCAAGGAUAACCAGAGCCCAGUGCCUGUCACUGCCAUAAGUGACCCUGUUGAAAGAGAAAUUGAUUUUGUCCCUUCCAAAGUCCCCUAUGACCCCAGGUGGAUGCUGGCAGGGAGACCCCAUCCAACUCUCAAAGGGACCUGGCAGAGCGGCUUCUUUGACCAGGGCAGCUUCAUGGAGAUCAUGAAGCCGUGGGCUCAGACCGUUGUGGUUGGCAGAGCGAGGCUGGGAGGUCUCCCCGUGGGCGUCAUCGCUGUUGAGACCCGCACCGUGGAGGUGACAAUACCCGCUGACCCUGCCAACCUGGACUCAGAGGCAAAGAUAAUCCAGCAGGCUGGACAGGUCUGGUUCCCCGACUCUGCUUUUAAAACAGCCCAAGCCAUUCGGGACUUCAACCGGGAACACCUCCCGCUGAUGAUCUUUGCCAACUGGAGAGGCUUCUCCAGCGGCAUGAAAGACAUGUACGACCAGAUGCUGAAGUUUGGCGCCUUCAUCGUGGACAGCCUGCGGGACUUCAAGCAGCCUGUCCUGGUGUACAUCCCCCCUCACGCGGAGCUGCGCGGCGGCUCCUGGGUGGUCAUCGACUCCACCAUCAACCCCCUGCAUGUGGAGCUCUACGCCGACAAGGAGAGCAGGGGAGGCAUUUUGGAGCCUGGAGGAACAGUGGAGAUCAAGUUCAGAAAGAAGGAUUUGGUGAAGACCAUGAGAAGGAUCGAUACAGUCUAUGCCAAGCUUGUUGAACAACUGGGGACCCCCGAGCUGUCGGAGGCGCAGCGCAAGCAGCUGGAGAAGCAGCUGAAGGCGCGGGAGGAGCUGCUGCUGCCCGUGUACCACCAGGUGGCCGUGCGCUUCGCAGACCUGCACGACACCCCGGGCCGCAUGCAGGAGAAAGGGGUCAUCACGGACAUCCUGGAGUGGAAGAGCGCCCGCUCCUUCCUCUACUGGCGGCUGCGGCGGCUGCUGCUGGAGGAGAUGGUGAAGGGGGAGGUGCUGAAGGCCAACAGCGAGCUCAGCCACAUCCACAUCCAGUCCAUGCUGCGGCGCUGGUUCAUGGAGACGGAAGGAGCUGAGAAGGGAUACCUCUGGGACAACAACCAGGUGGUGGUGGAGUGGCUGGAGAAGCACAUGCAGGAGGAAGACAGCAGCCAGUCAGCCAUCAGGGAGAACAUCAAGUACCUGAAGCGGGACUACAUCCUCAAGCACAUCCGGAGCUUGCUCCAGGCCAACCCCGAGCUGACCAUGGACUGCAUCGUGCAGAUGGCUCAGCACAUCACCGGGCCACAGAAGGCCCAGGUCGCCCAUCUCCUGUCCAGGGUGGACACUGAUGAUCCCUCCUGAGCUGGGCAAUCACCACGGGGUAGGAGAAGCACCAGGACACAACCAGACCUCACCUGGUUCCUCAGCCCUUGAACUGAAGCCUUGGACUCUUGCUCAUGUGCCUAAAUAAAGGACACCAGUGCUUUUAAGUAUUUUAAGCCAUGGAGAUGGUCUUGCCAUCCAUGCAGAGUCCCCUCUGGCACUGGGGGUGCUGCCAGAGGGGCAGCUUGGCAGAAGAUGAACUUGUCUCAAGCCAAGCCUGGAAUCUGGACCUGGUGCAGAACUUGGUUUUAAAAAGAAUCCAAAAUAUUUUCCUGUUUUAGUUGCCAGCCCUGGCCUUGGUCUUUUGAACAAGCACCAGGUCAGACAGGUCUCAUGAGACUGGACAGAGCUGGAGGCACAGACCCCCUGGCCAGGGCCAGUGUCUGGCUGCCUGGGUUCAAGCUGACCAGGCACCAAGACCAGGAAAUGAGAAGCAGCCUCCAAGUGAUGCUUUAUAAACUCUGAGGAGCAAUUUCUGUCAUCCUUCCCCUCGCUGGGGGGCAAAGAGUAGAUGUGGCCAUGGGUAGCUGAUGGCCCAGGAAAGACCUCAGUGAGCUAAUCUGGGAGCUGCUCCCAUGGGAAUGUCCAAGGAUCCACCAGGCUUUGGCUGACCUGGCUGUGCCUCUCGCCCAUCUUGUGUCUUUUGUGGUUCCUGCAGAGCAUGGACAGGAGGGAGGAUGGCUCCAGGUGCUCCUGCCCCAGUGACUUGGAAGCAGCAGAGCCAGGGGAAGCUGUCACCUGCUGGGACCUGUACCCUGCUGCUCAGGUAGCCUUUGAUCAUCUUGGUCAUGGAGGGGAAAUUUGAAGUUUUCCAGUGCCUCUGGCUGUGUCAUUUCCCCAGCACAGAUUUACCUUGGGCUCAAAAGGAGGAGGUGGGAUGGCAAUGGAAGGUGGGACACCUGGCUCAAGUGCAGUGCUGGUAUUGCCCUGGGGUGAAGGUGUUGGACACCUCCUGGGGCUGGGCUGGAGGAUCCCACAGUCUGUGGGAAAUCUCCCUGUCCUGGGGUGGGGAUGGGAAAGGUCUUGUGAGUCACUUCCUGGCUGGAAGGUGUCACUGCUGACAGGUAAUAAAGUGAGCUCA